CGCAGCAGAGUGGUUGUGCACAGUGGAUUGCAAGACGACGUCGGCUCUAGGCUUCUUGUUCGCGAUUCUUUUCAAGCUGAUUGCUGCAGUGAAAAAUUUGCCUUUCUGUGUGUUUUUUAUAAUGUUUGCUGCUAAAUCAUGAAUAAAAGUUUUCUGUGAGCUACAAGUUGAUGUUUUCCGACAAAUUUUAUCCGUUUUCAGGGAGAAAAAGAUGAAAAAUCAGUUUUCUAUUAUCUGUCGUCCAUAGCUGCGAACUGCGCGAAGUUGGAUGGUGACACAUACAACAUAAAUAGUGGCCUGACAAAAAGAGUAGUAUUCAAGAAGAAGCAUGAAAAGUAAAGUUCAAAAAAAUCAAAUGGAAAUAUGAAUUUGUUGCUAAAUAAGGAAGAAAUUGAAUAAUCAAGUGGCUACUAGUGAUUUAACAGUUUGGUUCCGGCCUGGUUAUUUGGGAGUACAGUAAUAACUGCGUAGCACACUGAAAAGUGAGUUUCCGAAAACAAAAUAUAUCUGAGCUCGAAGCGAUUAAGUUUGAGUGAGUAUUAUCAAAUAAUACGUAAAACAGCACAAAGAAUAAAAUUUUGAAGUUGUGGAAACCACCGCAGUGACCGCAGUUGCGCUAAAAAUAAGGAAUGUAAAUACAACCCAGUUUUUAGAGGACAGUUGAACAGAGACAGACGACGAUCAACCAAGGCGCGGGACGAGUUUGAGUUGUUUCGGCAAAUUAUGAUUGUGCGAAAGACCGGACUAAUCACUUGAAGUGAGCCGGAAUAGAGCUACCGCAGUGAGCUGCGUUUGAAGUGGAGCCGAAAGAGAAGCGUCAAAAUAAUGCUGGCACCAGGAAUCCGAGUCGUUCGUGGACCUAACUGGAUCUGGCAGAAUCAAGAUGACGGUGAAGGGCAUGUUGGAACGUUGUGCGAAAUAGGUCGUUCCGGAUCGACACAUUCGCCGGAGAAAACCGUGGUAGUGAACUGGGACUCGGGUCACCGGACUAACUAUCGCGUUGGCUACCAGAAGCAGUACGAUCUGAUUGUGGUGGAUAACGCUCAGAUCGGAGUGAAACAUCCGAACAUCAUUUGCGACGGUUGUACAAAACCGGGAAUAGCCGGCAUCAGGUUUCGCUGUGCGGAUUGCCCUAACUAUGAUUUAUGUGCUACAUGCUAUGGAAACGACGUACACGAUCUAGAGCACUCGUUUGUCCGCUACCAGACGGCGAAUUCUGUCGGUGUUCGUGUUCCGCCUCGUAAAGGUGCAAUCAAAAUACAGCUGAAAGGAAUUUUCGUAGGAGCUCGAGUUGUCCGCGGCCCGGACUGGGAAUGGAAUAACCAAGACGGUGGGCCGAACAAGACUGGGCGUGUUAUGGAAAUUCGUGGCUGGGACAACGAAUCGUGUCGAAGUGUAGCAAACGUAUCUUGGGCUUCCGGGUCAACGAACGUGUACCGGUUAGGACACAAAGGCAACGUAGAUUUGCGGUACGUUCAACCUGCUGUUGGAGGAUAUUACUAUAAGGAUCACAUGCCGGUUCUAGGACAACCCGAAGAGCAACAGCCGGUGUCGCCGCCGGUUCGGUCACACUUUAAUGUUGGCGAUCGCGUUCAGGUGGCCAUCCCGGAAGAAAGACUCAUGGCGCUUCAACAAGGCCACGGAGGCUGGAAUCCGCGGAUGGCCGAAUAUUUAUCCAAAAUUGGCAUUGUACAUAGGAUCACAGACAAGGGUGACAUUCGUGUACAGUAUGAGGGAUGCGCCAACCGGUGGACGUUUCAUCCGGCGGCUCUCAUUCGGAUUUAUAGUUUUAAUGUAGGAGACAUUGUUACCUUCAUCACAGAUGCAACCAAAAUGCAGCAACUGCAGAAAGGACACGGUGAAUGGGUUGAGACUAUGCACAAUGUGCUGGGAAAGUCGGGUAAGGUAAUUAAGAUCUAUGGGGACGGUGAUUUAAGAGUACAACAGUGCGACGAUGACUUAGCAUGGACGGUGAAUCCAAAGUGCGUGAAGCUUGAGCGGUCGUUAAUAUCGCAGGCGACAGCUACGGAACGAUCGAAUAGUAUGAUGGAUUUAAGUAAUCAACGUACAAAUGAGCACCAUAUGACGCCACUGUCUGGCCUGUCUGGGACAUCAGCUGCCGAUCGGCUCGUGCGAGAAGCCGCACAAGGAAAUAUGGAUUUCGUGCAGAACUAUCUGAGUGCCAAUGCGGAGGAAGUAGACUGCGUUAGUGGGGGCAAAACUUGCUUGCAAGUCGCUGCCCACCAGGGCCACGUGGACCUCGUGAAACAUCUACUAGCGCUGGGUGCCAACGUAAACGUGGUCGACAAGGAGGGCGACUCGACGCUGCACUAUGCUGCUUUUGGUAACCAGCCGGAAGUGAUGCGAAUUCUACUGCAAAACAAUGCCAACAUCGAUGUGCUAAAUUCGUCUCACUGUUCCGCGUUGCACAUUUCGGCGCAUAAGAAGCCACCGUACUGCGUUAAGGUGCUACUGGAAUUUGGAGCGAAUGUGAACGUGCAGGAUGCGUACGGAGAUACGGCCCUGCACGAUGCGAUCGGGAAGGAGAAUACAGAAGUUGUGGAGCUGCUUUGCAACAGUUCGACGCUGGACUUGACUAUUCGUAAUAAACGUGGUUUCAAUGCAUUGCAUCAUGCUUCGCUUAAAGGCAACGUCCAUGCAGCGAGAAACAUAAUCCGUCUGGCGCGACAGCUAGUCAACGUGCGAAAGGAUGAUGGCUUUUCUGCCCUACAUUUGGCUGCACUCAAUGGGCAUUCGAAAGUGGUGGAAGUCUUAGUGAAGGAAGGACAAGCUGAUAUUAACAUUAGAAAUAAUAGGAGACAAACACCAUUUUUGUUGGCUGUUUCGCAAGGUCACACCGCGGCUAUUGAAAAGCUGGUAGAACUGAAAUGCGAUAUUGCUGCCAAGGACGAAGAUGGGGAUAAUGCGAUGCAUUUGUGUAUCAUCAAAAAAGCCAAUCUUGUGCAGGAAGUGUCUGCAACUGAUUCGCCUAAGAUUUUCGAAAUGUAUCAAUCACUUUUACCAGUGGUUAGUGAAAAUCGACUAAUGUAUGCGUUGUUAUGCUUUUUGGCGAAAGAGGGCUGUCCGGUGGAUAUAAACUAUAAAGGAGCGCGUGUGUUGGAUUGGAUUCCUAGUCAACAGAUCAAGGAUAUUAUCAUAGGUUAUGAACGAAGUAGAAUAACGCGAGAAAAAGCAGCCGCAGCAGGUCCACCUGCAACAGACCGAUCACUCAACAAUUCGCGAGAUGAGGAAGAUGAUCAAUCAACAAAUCAAGUUCAAUCGAACUUAGAGGCGAUGACUUUGGUAGGAAAUAAUUUAGAUGAAAAUGAAGGCAACAAUUUACAGCCUGAAGGAGCUGCGAGUCCAGGAACCAGCGGACUUGGACAAUCAAAUCCUCCCACACCAGCAAGAAGAAAUCGGGGUCAUAAUCGAGAAGCAACCAUCGGUACCCCACCGCCACCGGUUCCAAGCCAUUCUAACAAUAUUGCUGUUCUAGAUGAUGAUUCUAUGCGAAUGAAUAUUGUAGAAGCAGUUGUAUCAUGUAAUGAACAACCGCAGCCGCUACAGCCGGGAGGUAUCAAUACACCUUUAGAUAGCCCAGCACGUUUUCAAUCACCAAUUCGAGCCUUAUCGCCUACUGUUGCUGCAGGCACUCCAGCGGAAACUGGCGGCACUUCAAAUAAACAUAUCAGCCGUCGGCAGUACUCGGAUAAGAAUUCAUCCUGUUCUCCAGUGGCCAUUCUUCCUCCAAAUCCUAGCCCGCCAGUCAUCACUACCACACCUCAGGAAUGCAUCGUCUGUAACGAACAGCUUCUUCUGAUUGUAUUUGAACCCUGCCAGCACCAAAUUUCCUGCGAAGAAUGCGGCGUCCGGAUGAAAAAAUGUUUAUCGUGUGGAUUAUACAUCGAAAGACGUCUUACUCUAGGAGGAAAACAACUCUUGAAUCCUAAGGAUACCCGCCUUCCAUCGGCUGACAGACUUCGCUAUCUCGAAAGUAAGAUAAUGGAAAUUGAAGAAACGCACUGCUGUAGUAUAUGCAUGGAGCGCCGUCGGAAUGUUGCUUUUCUUUGUGGACAUGGGGCCUGUUCGAAGUGUGCCGAAACGCUCAAGAUUUGUCACAUGUGCCGGAAAACCAUCACAAAGAAGAUCAACCUUUAUUAAGUGUUGGAAAUUUCUUCCCAAGCGAGCGGAGUGUUCCAACUAAUUCGCUUAGUUACCAAACCAGCUCUUUAUUACUUUUUACUCUCCUAAAUAAUCUUUGCUUCAUCAGUGUAUGUCGCUCCGUCUACGAAACAAAUCCCGUUUUUAGAUAGAUCUUUCCUAACUCAAUUGCUCAUAUGAAUAAACGUGCAUGCGUAAUUUUUUCCUAUAAAAAUAAUACGAGAUUUACUCAUCUGUGAACUUUUAUUCAUAUGAUCCUACUCUUCUGUAUGCUAGGUAUAAUGAGGGAAUCGAUUUUGUCUCCAUAUGUACAUAAACCAGUGUUCCAAUUAAAUAAUUGUAUUUAUGUACACGUUCUUCCAAAUAUCUACCAUGAAAGUAAAAGAAAGCUCUACUUUUUCUUGCGUCAGUAAAGCAUAUAUGAAAACCUACAACUCCUGUUUCCCGUGCCUCUCGAUUGAUUGAUGUUCUGCACACAAACUUACAAGUUUUUUAUGAAUUGUUUUCAUGUGCUAAAAGUAUGCCAACAUACCAAUUUGUAUUGUAAGUACCCGUUGCACACAAGCAAAGCACUGUGUUCUGCCAUCGUUUUUUUUUGUUUUUAUUUAUUAACUUACAGCUUAAUGUUUCGAAAAGGAUGUUUGUUUAGUUUGGCAAUCAUGAAUGUUAUUAUUUUGAUUUGUACAAUGCAGUUUUUUGAAAUGCGAAAAAGAAUACGGUUGAGCUGAACGAACAAAAAUUUAAUAUGCUUGGAAAAUUAUACAUUUUUAAUAUAUAUAUUGUCUUGUAUAUCAAAACACACAAACACGCGAUCAUAUAACCAUAUUCGAUUGUUAUUAUUAAUAAAAAAAUAUAAUGAGAAAUGUGGAAAGUUGUUUGUACGCACAUCAUACAUGAUACAUAGACACAUUAAUAAACUGAUAUUUAUUUCAUUGUAUAUCACAAACGA